AUGGACCAGUAAGAGAGAGAAAAACUUUAAUAAAGAAGAGAUGAAAAGAUUAAAGAGAAUAAAAACUAUCUAUCAGAAAAAGUGAACAAGAUCUUAUCCCCUCUGGUGACGAAUGUUGUAGCAACUAGACCAUCAAUUCCAGUAAUAUUAUAAAGCAUUUCAUUUAUAUCGUAUUAGUUGAAUUAUAUGAGAGAAUGGAUUUUGAUGCAUUAUGAUUUACAAAGAAGUGACUUGCAAAAUCAACUCAAACUAUAAGACUUAAUUACUCUAAGGAAAGAGGUAUCUGACUUGAACGAAGAACUUGUAUUAAAUUUAAUUCCCUUUAAUCAAUAUUAAAAGGAUAAGAAGUAAAAGCAUUUAAAAAGGCAAGAAGAAAAUGACAAGUAUGAUGAUAAAGAUGAUUUAGAAGAAGAAAAAAUCGGGGAUUUAUCUGCAUUGCCGAGGCUAUCAUUUUAGGCUUCAACAAGGGUAUAACUAACACCAACUAAGGCUAAAAUUCAUCUAGAACCUCACAUGAUGCAUUUGGAAAGAAGAAAAUCUCAAAGUAAAAUGACUGCCUCAUUGGACAUGCUUUUCAAUAGGAUAGUUUAGUAAAAUACUCAACAACCCUUGAUCAUUCAUAUUAUUCAAAACUUGAGACCUUUCUAGAAUCUAUUUGAACAAAUCAAGCAUACAGAAGGAGACUAGAUUCAGAUUCUUGAGGGCUAGGAUCAAGCUAUUUAUCUAAUUGAAAGCGGAUAACUGAAGACCCAGGAUGAGCGUGUUUUAAAGUAGUAUCAUGUUUUCGGUAGCAUGCCAUUCUGUUUCAAUGUUAGUUCAAAUGACACUCUCACAGCUCUUUCUGAUUGUUCCAUAUUUAAGCUAGGACACUUAUUCAAGGAUAUGAUCUUAGAGCAAUAUGAUGUUUAUGAAGCAUAAAUGAAAUCAGAUAACAGUGAUAUCGAAAUAAUGAAGGAAAUUGAAAUUAAGAUCCUAAACUAGACUCACGGUUAUAACAAAUCAACUAUGAUGACAGCAUUUAGAGAAUGUAUUCUCUAUCCCGAAGAUGCUUUAAAAAUUAAUGAAGAGUCAAAUGAUAUUCUUUAUUAUAUUAAGAUUGGAAAAGUGAUUCUCAAAAAAGAAGCUGAGGAAAAUGCUCAUUAGGGAGGGGCAUUUAUUAAGAUUCUUGAUGAAGAGGCUAAAUAAGGCAUUGAACUUGUAGCUGAAGAACUUUCUGUUAUCUUAAGCAUUUAAAGAGCAUAACUUUCAAAGCUACUAACUAAUUAGACAAUAAAUGAAUUCUACAAGAUAAAUUGA